ACCAGCGUCUGAAUGUAGUUUAUUUGCCUUGGAACAUCCCUUGAGAAUAUGUUUUGUGAGUUUAGGGUGGAGUGCAGAAGUAUAGGUGACACCUCUGAAGCUUUGCUUUUGGGUGUCCCGGAGCACGAGGGGAGGGAGGAAGCAGAUCUGAAUUCCCAUCUUGCGAGAAUCUUCUGCAGAUCCAGCUUGCAGCUAGCGUGAGCCUCCAGUUGGUAGAGAAUGGCUAGAGAACCCGGAGCGUGCGCAGCCCUAAACGCUCCAUCUGCAGAAGAGGGGACUGGGUUUCUAGUGGUGAAAGUGGAACCGGAAGAGGCCUCCCAGUUGGCAGAGGAGCCCAGUUGGCUGGGCAGUCCUGGGCCUGACCGCUCCCGCCAGCGCUUCCGUGCUUUCCGCUACCCAGACGCAGCAGGGCCCCGGCAGGCGCUGAGCCGGCUCCGCGAGCUAUGCAGACAGUGGCUGCGGCCAGACAUGCACAGCAAGGAGCAGAUCCUGGAGCUGCUGGUGCUGGAGCAGUUCCUGACCAUCCUGCCAGGGGAGCUGCAGGCCUGGGUGCGCGAGCAGCACCCCGACAGCGGAGAGGAGGUGGUGGCACUGCUGGAGUACUUGGACAGGCAGCUGGAUGAGACCCCUCCACAGGUCCCAACUGGGGAAUGGAGUCGAGAACUUCUCUGCUGCAAGGUGGCAUUGGUGACAUCAUCCCAGGAUUCACAAAGUAGUCACUCCCAGGCAAUGAAGUCUCUCUUCAAGCAUGAAUCUCAGGAAUCUUUGGAGUGUUCACCCUUACAAGCCAGAGGUCUGGAAAUGAAGCCUGAGACCAGGGGCUUGCCUCUAGCUGAGGAAUACAAGGAACAAAAGCCUGAGCAGACAGUGUGGUUCCUGGGUGAAGACACUGUCCAGAUUUCUACAAGUACAGAAGCCAGUGAGCAGGAAGGCAAGUUACAGACAACACAGAAGAAUGCCACGGGAAACAGGCGGUUCUACUGCCAUGAAUGUGGGAAGAGCUUUGCUCAGAGUUCAGGCCUGACCAAACACAAGAGAAUCCACACUGGAGAGAAACCCUAUGAAUGUGAAGACUGUGGGAAGACCUUUAUUGGGAGCUCUGCUCUUGUCAUUCAUCAGAGAGUUCACACUGGUGAGAAGCCAUAUGAGUGUGAAGAAUGUGGCAAAGUCUUCAGUCACAGCUCAAACCUCAUCAAGCACCAGAGAACCCACACUGGAGAAAAGCCUUAUGAGUGUGAUGACUGUGGGAAAACCUUCACUCAGAGCUGUAGCCUCCUGGAACACCAUAAAAUUCACACUGGUGAGAAGCCAUUCCAAUGCAACUUGUGUGGCAAAGCCUUUAGGCGUAGCUCCCAUCUCCUGAGACAUCAACGGAUCCAUGGUGAUAAAGCUGCUCCGAAGCUUCUUCAUGGAGAGACCUGGGAAGGUCAGAGUAGGGUGGCAAGCCUGGGGGAUAUUGUUGAAGCUCCUGAGACUUAUCAGUGCAAUGAGUGUGAGAGAAGUUUCACUCGGAGUAGAAGUCUUAUUGAACAUAAAAAAAUUCACACUGGUGAGAAACCCUACCAGUGUGAUGCAUGUGGGAAAGGCUUUACCCGAACUUCAUACCUUGUUCAACAUCGAAGAAGCCAUGUGGGAAAAAAGUUGUCUCACAGUGACCUGUAGCACACCUGCCAGACUUGGUGAGCACUUGCCAGUGAGAUGAAGACACCUGGAACCCUUACUAACUGCAGAAGAGAGGGUGUUGCCAAUACACACUGUCCUGUGUUAGACAUUAUGGUCUGGCUGAGGUAGAUUAUUUCUUCUGUUUAAAAAGUAACUGGAAUAAGACUUACUAAUAGGAGGAUGUGGCGGUGUUCUCUGGAUGAGAUAAUGCUGAAGUGUUCCCACUCUUUGGAUUUACAAGGACUUCCAGAACAACUGUCGCCCUUGGCCGGCGUAUUUUUCUCCUGAGUGGAUGGUUCCAGAUUUUGGAGUGUACCUUCUUUACUAUUUGGUUGUCAGCUUGAAUUUUUCAUGUUUAAUCAGAUUCUUGAGGCCUUGGCUCCUCUAUUGUGCCUUGUGUAGAGGUGCUAGUAAACAUUUACUACAAGAACUGAUGAAUGUCCAUCAAAACUGGAAAUCAGGGUCUAGAUUUCUGAAGAAGUUCUGACUUGUAGUGUUUGUGUUUGCAUCUAACUGGCAAAGAUACUAGAGUCUGAGUCAGCCCUACAGUUUUCAUACUAAGUACAGAAUGUUACAGAGUUUGAGUAGGAGAUUCUGUAUAUCUUUAUGAGGAUAGAGAGUGUAGUAAGAAUGCCUCAGGCAACUUCUGAAGAUGUAGGGAAACAUCCACACCCAGAAAAGCUCCAUUACAGCAUACUUAGUUUUUUUUUUUUUUUUUUUUUUACUUUUUACUGUGAACGUUUUCAGUUAGGUAAAUAAAAAGCAACCUUAUUUUCAUGGGACAAAAUCUUAUAGUUAGGAUUUUUAUUGCUUUGAAAAACACUAUGGCAAAAAGCAACCUGGGGUGGGUGGGUGUUUAUUUAAACUUACAACUUAUUUAUUACACGCAUCACUGAGGGAAGCCUGGGCAGGAGCACAACCUACGGAGAGCAGGAACCUGGAGGCAAAACUGAAGCAGAGGUUAUGGAGGAGUGCUGCUUAUGGGCUUGCUCCCUAAGGGCUGGCUCCUGAUGUCUGAAUCAACCUGCUUUAUUAUAGAUCUCAGGACCUCUAGCCUUGGGGGUGAUACCACCCACAGUGAUUUGGGUCUUCCCACAUCAGUCAUCAAUCAAAAAAAAAAAAUGGCCCAUAGGCUUCCCUGCAGGCCAGUCUGGUGGUGGCAUUUUAUAAGUUGAGGUUCCCUCUUCCCAAAUGACUCUGUUUUGUGUUGAGUUGACAGAAAACUAGCCAGUACAACAAAUGAUACAGAUUAUGUCAAUUCUAUAAUGCUCAAAGUACUGUUAGUUACUUUUCUAAGGGCUGUGACUACAAACGCAAGAAAAAGCAACUUAAGGAGGGAAUCGGUUAUCUGGGUUCAUGAUUUGAGAUGAUACAUUAUGGUGGUCUUGAGGAAGGAGUGUUUGGGAGAGGUGAAAGAAACUACUCAUAGUCAAUUGGGGAGGGGGUAUAAGCUGACAGCUUUGUGUUCUGCUAGAGAUGGCUCUCCAGACAGCUCUGUAGUUAGCUCUUGGCUCUGUAGUCUGAUCAAGACGUCUUCCUGUUAGAGACAGCUCUCUCGUGCUAGAAAAAAAUAUUCUUGGAUUUUUCCAACCAAAAUCAGAAAAGCUACUAGAAAAAAAAUUUGGGGGGUUUUCUGACCAAAAUCAGAAAUCCUGUUAAAAUAAUUCUUAAAGAGCUGAGUUCUCUUUCUAAGCAGUUUUCUCUGGUAGCUCUCUCUUGCAGACCAAAGCCCAAUCUUAUUUACAUAUCAAUUCAGUCAUUUACUCCAAGAUCCCUUUUGUUUAUCCCCAUGAAUAAGCAUUUUAUACCUUAGCUACUUGAUUCUUAAAAAAGGACAGCAAGUAAAUUUUGUUUUUUAAAACACAGCAAAUGAAUUCAAAGAUCUGUCUACUUUUGUAAGCACAGACGAUAAGGAUCCAGCUCUGAGAUCACCAUUUUCACCUCUCCUGGACCUGAAUUCUCUGUCCCAGGAUAACCUUGAACUUGGGAAUCUGCCUGCCUUUAUAAGCACAAACAAUAAACUUAGCUAGGUAGGAUCUUGCUCUGCCAUCACCACUCUCCAAAUCUCUUUAUCUCCUUCCUUAAUAUCUUUCUAACAAGCUGGUUUACAGUGAAGCUGGUAUGUGAAGCCCCUCAUAUAAUUUAUAUUGCAUCCGUAUAUUUUGCAUAGUUGAGAAAUUAUUUAUUUUUGAACUCUUGUUUUCAGAGUUCUUUUUCACAACCUUAACAACUAUCCUGAAGGUUAUAGUGUUUACCAUUUUUGCCAAGGACCCAGACAUACCUUUGCCUCCUGG